AUGGCACGAAUGCGACAAAUGCUUUGGUACAUAACCUUUCCUCCAACUGUCUCCAUGCUAGAUGCUCUGCUAAAUGGAGCGGAUAUGAAGGAUAUUGAAGAGAUAGAGGAUUUGUUGAGUUCAUCUUCGUUUGUGAGCUGCUAUGACUAUACUUCGUCUUGGUUUACUUUCUCUAGUGUCUCUUCUAUUCGAGACGAUCAAUUAGAAGGGCUCUGCGAAGGUGAUGGUUACGAUAAGAACUUGACGGAUCAGGUGGCUGAUUAUAUAACAGCAACUUUAUCGAGUUCGACGAUGAUUUUGGAUGUUAUGUAUGGUUUUUGUCCAUGCAAAUCUGCUUUCAAGUGCUGGAGGGCAGGUUACCCUUUAAUGAGCUGCCCAAAAUCUACGGCGGGAAUAUUUUAUAUGAUGAAAAUUUGUUUCAAGGAAACUAAGAUUACGCAGACAAUUCCAAGAACGUCUUCAAAGUCAAAGGCGCAAUCUACUUUCACACUUAGCACUAUGAAAUCGAAAUAUGCUAUGCAGCUCCUGAAAUCUUCGACCAGCCACAUGGACAGGAUGACAGCAACAAUCAAAACCUUCUCAGAAAACCCUAACUGUACACAGUUUAUUGAUGCAACUUCCUCUUCACGUCCGCAAAGCGUGGAAAUAAUUUCGACUAGUGUAAGGACCACAACAAAUAUAAAUAAAUUAAACCCCUCAAGCAAAAGAUUUUCAAGCACAUUCUCCAUAUCAGCGACCGCGAGCAUCCUAUCUAGCGAGGAAGCGGACAUGGAUACUGAAGAAAACACCAUGAGUUCUACAUACAAACCUACAGUUUCGAUGGACACUUCGCCUGCUGGGACUUCUGACGACAAUACAAGGCUAAAAACGGAAACGAUUUGGUCAGGCAGAGAUUUCUUUAAUUUGAACAGUCAGACGUUCAGCAAAGUUACGCAAUCCCCAAUUACUGACGCAGGUGAUUCUAAGCAAAGAAGGGAGUCCCGGACAAAUUUUGGCACAUUGAAUGUCCAUACGGCAUUGAAAACUGAAGCGAUCACGACAGUGAUGGAGAGUACAUAUGCCGACAUUACUAUUCCCUCCUUUACUUCACAAGAUGGAAGCACUUCUAGAAUUGAAGCAAGUGGCACUAUUGCGAAGUCUUCGAAGCCUUCAAACGAAAAUUAUGAGGAAGAGGAGGAGGAACAGAUACCAGCAAUGAUGAGUACGCUGACAACAAAUGAAAAUUGCCAUGAAACGCUUGCUUCUUCUUCUGCUUCUGCAAGAGAAAUCACAAAAACUUCAACUUCAAAAGUUUCUAGUCUACCAAAACAGUCUGACAAGCCUUUGAUCUCAAAAGUAGACUCUACACCGACCGGCAGCAGCGAUUUUGCACUGUCGACGAGUUACGCACGUACAAAUUCACUGGAAAGCGCUACCUCAAACAAGGGUUCAGCUCCCUACAACUUAGAAGGUAUGACAACUGUAACAUCCACCUCAUUGUACGAAACACAGAAGAUAAGCACUGAAUCAGCUUCUCCAGUCGCUGAUUGGAACCCCGAAGGCAUAAGCACAGCGGAAAAUAGAACUUUUUCUUCGCUGAUAAUGACAUCGAUGUCACAUAAUCCUCUGGAGGAUGUUACCAACGUAGGCAGAGGUGAAUACUCACCUUCCGAAGCAACAUUGACGGUAGAAGGGUCUGUUCCCAAUUCUGUGACCGGCAGCAAAAAAGUAUCUUUCGAUUCAAAUGCGAAUGAAACGGAGACCUCAAAUUACGAAGAAACAAAGACAGCCACGACAAAAUUUGGAGAUAGGAGUCAUACAAAGCGUGCGGAUCUAAUUACCAAGAUUUCAAAACCUAGCUCUGAGUCAACAUCGUUUUCUCAUUCAGUUGCACAAACCCUCUCUACAGCUGAAAUUGCAACGCAGCGCAGUUCUUCAAUGGCUAGCAUAGCAGAUAAAAGACCAAAGACUGAGAUUUUGACUACAAAAAGCGAAAGAAGCAACACUGCAAAGUCGAAUAUGAAAAACGAGCUUCCAAGUUCAACAUUAAAAGGUCCUACAUCUUCCUCCUCUCCAAAUUCAAUAACACUCUCUGCAACAGACUUCUCAACAGGACUCAGGUUUUCAGAAACUACCAUUACUCAAAGAACUGAAGUUGCUUUGUCCGUUACAGAAGAAGGCAGUGAAACAAAUUCCUCAGAAGAUGCAGCCACCAAAACCUCAUCACUGACCUCAACAAAGAAGCCAGAGGCAUCAUCAUAUCAAACAACGGCAGCAACGCCUUCUGCGAGUGACACUUCAAAAUUUAACAUUCUUUCAAAAGCUACGGUCAUUGACAGUAGUACUAGCCCAGAACUCUUGUCGACGUUUAUCAAAGAAAACACCAGUACACCACAGGAUACAACCAGCAAAUCCCCGUCAUCUAUCUCAACAGAGAGCUCAGAGACAUCAUCAUAUCAUACAACCGCGUCAAUGCCUUCCGCGACUAACACUCCAGAAGUCAUUAUUCCUUCGAAGGAUAUGUCCUUUGAAAGUAGUGCUACGGACUCCUUAUCUGGGCUCACCAAAGAAAACACUGCCGGUACAUCUUCAAAGCAUGUAGCCCUACCAUUUAUCUCAAACAAGCCAUCGUUCCAUCGCACAAUAGGAGUAACUUUCCCCGAAAUCAAAACCUCUACGGAUUUUACUCGCUUGAAGAUUACAAUCACAAACAGGAAAACCAACAUAGAUUUGCCUGAAACCAGCACAUCUGAGUAUCGAGAGACUACAACUCCCACGGUAUCAGAAGAAUCUGGUGAGGCGGCUUCCAUAACGAGCAGU